ACGAAAGAACGAAUCGGUUCGGUCGGACAGUUUUGUGUUUACGUUCUUUGCUUACCGGAUUUCUCCGUUCCGUUUCGAUGUUUCGCUUAUCAUCGAAGUGAAUAUAUGUUAUUAUUUGUAUUAUUACGGCAAAAAAUGUUAUAAGGAGUACUUAUUUAAUUUGAAUUACACAAUGUUCUGGUGUCAUAUCUAAUUUCAAAGUGUUUGAUAGUGAAAACGCAGGUUGUAAACCGGUGUAAAGUCAUUAAGUAGUGAUACUUACAAUGUGGUUAUGUUACAGGAACUGACAACUGUCGAAUUUCUUAGAUAACGGUUACUUGUAGGUACUAUUGUAAUCCGUGAUACCGGUUUGUAAAUUGGAUUUGUAUCGGUAUUUUAUCUUUUGGAUAAAGUUAACUGCCUCGUUCCUUCAAUGGUUUGAUUAUGCGACUUUAAAUUGCCAAAUGGGUUGGACUGUCAAAUAUUGUUAGAAUCUAUUUUAUGACAAAUUCUCAGUAAUAGUCAGGGGAUAGAAAAUUGAUGAUGCUGUUAACCCCUUACUUCGGAGAGCACGUUAUGUUGUCGGUCAGUCAUUGUCAUUAACAUUUUUUAAUAAUCAUCGAGUCGAACAUUAGAAAUUACCCUAAUAGUAGAAACCCGAAUUAAUAACGACCUUCAUCCAUCUUUUUAUUAUAUGAAAAGUGUUUUUUAUCAAAUUUGCCCAAAAACUCCUGCACAAACUAUAUCUAAUAUAUAAAAUUCUCGUGUCACAGUUUUCUUUGGCAUUAUCCUCCGAAACGGCUUGACCGAUUUUGAUGAAUUUUUUGUGCUAAUCCGAUAUCUAUGAGAAUAGGCCAACAUCUAUUUUUCAAACCCCUAAAUCCUAGGGGUAGGGUAAAUGCAGGGUAUGACUAGGGUAGGAGUACGGUUGAGGUACGGCAGAGGUACAAAGAUAAAAUUUGGCAGGGAGGUAGUUUACUGUGGUAGACGUUAGCUAUUUUCGGAUUUUACGACAGGGAGGUUUAAGGAGGUGUAAGAGUGGUCGAUUUCGCCGGCGUCUAGUAUAGAAAAUGGGAAAGAAAUUCAGCGCCAUAUGGAAAUACUUCAAACUAGUAGCCAACGGGAUGGCAAAGUGCCGCGUAUGUAGAAGGAUAGUGCCACGAACGUGCAGAACCACCACCUGCAUGUGGAAACAUAUAAAACGCAACCAUAAAGAAGAAUACAAAGAACUGACGAAGCCCACUGAAGCUCAGCCUGUCUUGCUCCGAAGCCUGGCGAUCAACCCAGAGAGGAAAAACCUGGCUAUGAAGAAGAUACCACCUGAAAGAAUCCAGUCUAAUGACGAAGACACGAGUAGUUAUUAUGAAGUGAUUGCUGGUGAUGUUUUGAAGGAUUUGGAGAAUGACGAUACGGCGGAACAGCCACAACAGAGCGAGUCAUCCGAUGCGUGGAAGUUAUUCGAGAAGAUAACCACAAACCGAUCAGCGCAGAACGCAUCCAGCGAUUCGGACAACGAAAACUAUUACACAGAAGUAGUGUACCUAGAAGACGAUCAACCGGGAGGCGGCGUAUCCAAUGCCAAAAUAAUAAAACCGCUGAAACGGAAACCGGAACUCAGAGUUAAGAAGGAAAAUCCCACACCCAUACCGAUUAAGCGUACACCAAUUACGAGAUACGAAAAUGUUUACAUAAAAAAAAAUAAAGAGGGCGAACCGAAAAAAGAUGAUACAGACGAAGACAUUGAAAACUUUGGACGCUACGUCAUAGGUCUUUUAAAAAAAAUACCGAAAGAUGUCUGCACGCAGCUACAAAUGGAUAUAAUAAAUAUGAUUAUGACUGCCAAGUUGAAAAUAUCGACGCCCGUCGUCCCAGACACUAUGAAUGUCAGUUAUAGCAACGAUACCGAAACAUCCAGAGCCGUUAUAGUAACGACUCCUAGUAACGUGGUACAUACCAAUCAUAAUAACGAAAGCGUACCAUCACUAGUGAUUGAAGUUAAUAAUACCAAAAAUCAUAAUAAUGAAAGCCUAUCAUCACUACAAUAGUCAUUGGAGUUAUUAAAAAAAAACAAAAUUAAUAAAGCUGAAUGGUCACCGAUCUUUGCGUUUCCCUAGAUAAAAAAAAAUAUACCAAUCAAAACAAGGAAACCCUCCCAUCACUAAAUAGUGAUUGGAGUUGAUAAAACAAGUUAUUUAGACUGAAUAUUUGCCUCUAUCAAUACUAUAUAAAUAUGUAUUAUAAAUAGGCUAAGUUAGUUUGUAGGAGGUCUCUGAAUCUACUGAGCCGAUUUUGAAAAUUCUUUUACUUAUAGUCAUUGGCUUCUAGGGAACGUAAUUCAAAAGUACAAUUUUUAGUUAGAUUGAUGAUUAAUCAAGUAAUAGAAAUUGAAAAAAAUAUACAUAAAAUUACUAAUUAGGAGUAAUGAUGUCCAUUCUUUGCUUCUUCCGUAGAUUCCAGUUAAAUUGUUUACAUCUGUAAAAUGAUUUGUAAAUUGGAGACAUUGGUGAUUCUUUGAAAAUAUGUAUAUACCUACUUAAGAAAAACAUAAUUGUAUGUGUUUGUUUAUUUUAUAAGUAAUAAAAAAUGUACAUAAAUGUGAA